GCAUCAUGGAAGUCGCUGCACUUUGUGCUGUUGUUGCUUCUCUCAGAGUCGUUCCCAACAAAUCCCAGUUCUUCCAGUAUGAAUUCGUCUCCAUGAGCUGUGGGGGGCAGAAAAACUCUUCAGAGUGGAGAGUUAAGAGGAACACAUCCUUAUACAUAAACACAACAUGUUCCUCAUCCUCAAAUGGGAUAGAUGAGUCUCACUGCUUCAUCAGUGACCUUUAUCCAGGAGACACUGGAGUUUACUGGUGUGAGUCUGCAGCAGGAGAGUGUUUUGAUGCUGUCACCAUCACUGUGACAGCUGGUUCUGUGAUCCUGGAAGGUCCUGCCCAUCCUGUGAUGGAGGGGGACACUGUAACUCUGCACUGUAGACACAAUGCAGGCUCAUCCUCCAGUUUCACUGCUACAUUCUAUAAAAAUGAUGAUCUCAUUGGGAGCAGCUCUACAGGAAACCUGAACAUCCACAGGGUUUCCAAAUCAGAUGAAGGACUCUACAAGUGUAACAUCACUGGAGUUGGACAAUCACCAGACAGCCUGCUGACUGUCACUAUCAGGGCAGUGCCCCGUGAGCUGGCUCCCUCUGGCCUGACGCACAUUCUCCUUCCUGUGGUAUGCAUCUACCUCUCAGUGGUUUCAGUAAUGCUGCUCAUUCUCUGGAAAACCCACAAAGGUAAAAUCGAUCCUUCAGUUGUGCUCUACACUGAAGUCACCACCAAACUAAACUACAACAGAAGGCUUUCCAUCAUUUUUCUGUUUUGUGCAGCUUCUCUAAGAAUCAUUCCCAACAAAUCCCAGUUCUUCCAGUAUGAGUCUGUCUCCAUGAGUUGUGGGGGGCAGGACAAGUCCUCAGAGUGGCGUAUUAAGAGGAACACAUCCUUGUACACAAACACCACGUGUCCCUCAUCCUCAAAUGGGAUAGAUGAAUCGCAUUGCUUCAUCAGUGACCUUUACCCAGCAGACACUGGAGUUUACUGGUGUGAGUCUGCAGCAGGCGAGUGCUUCGAUGCUGUCACCAUCACUGUGGCAGCUGGUUCUGUGAUCCUGGAGAGUCCCGUUCAUCCUGUGAUGGAGGGAGACACUGUAAUUCUGCUCUGUAAUCACAUGACCACUGUCUAUGAUAAUCUCAUGAUUGAAUUUUACAAAAAUGAGCUUCUUAUUGGACGCAGCUCAACAGGAAACAUGACUAUCUACAGAGUAUCUAAAUGUGAUGAGGGACUCUACAAGUGCAACAUCUCUGGAGUUGGAGUUUCACCUGACAGCUGGAUGACUGUCAGAGAUAAGACAACAGGACAUCCUGAACUGCGUCAUCCUGGUCUGACACACAUUCAGUUUCCUGUGGCUUGCAUCUUCCUCUUAUUGUUUUCAGCAGUUCUGCUCAGUCUCAGCAGCAAAGGUAAAAUUGACCCUGUGGUCGUGCCGUACACUGAAGUCAUCUACACACAAAAGUGCAGGAGAAAAGGUCGACGACUGAGGAAGAGGUCCUUGAUGUUAUCAUCUAAGGCUGCAUACAGAUGCGUUUGCACACACAUGUCGUGCACUGUGCUCACUUAUAAAGCCGACAGCUGAUGAAGCGAUAACGGUGAUAUGUUUAAGCACUUUAACCCACCUGUACACUCUGUGUUCCACACUGCACCUGCAAAGACAAAGAAAUAUACAUAUUAGAAAGAAAGAACAAAAUAAAGAAAUA